AUUAUCCAAACUGGGCGUAAAGGCCCAAGAAAAUUAAAAUUUCUGUUUUAAUUGCUUCAGUAGUUCACCGUAAACACGCUUUGUCGAAACUGGAGCAGAUUCGAACCGAUAAAUAAUCCAAUUAUAAACCCUUCAUAAAACCUAAAGUUAGCUGUUUCAUCCUCCUCCCCCCACCUCUAGCCAGUUGAAUUGCUUCGAAAAGCUCCUUUCUUGAAUUGCUUGAAGUUUCUCUUGCCUAGGUAAACAACUGAUAAAAAACCUGCCAUGGCACAUUCUCGCGGACAUCGUUUUAUGUUCUGUGACCUAUGUGGGACGAUGCUAUCUUUGAAAACACUUCAAUAUGCUGAGUGUCCUUUGUGCAAAUUUAAGAAAAGUGCAAAAGAGGUAAUUGGAAAAGAAAUACAUUAUAAAGUCACUGCUGAGGAUAUGAGAAGGGAUCUGGGUAUCUCACAUUUUGAAGGAAAGAUGGAGGUGAAAGACAUGGAGAUAAAUAAGAAAUGUGAAAAAUGCAGCAACACAAAGCUUAAAUUUUCCACCAGACAAAUGAGAUCAGCAGAUGAGGGGCAGACUACUUUCUAUCACUGUCCUAGUUGUUUACAUACUUUUAGCGAGAAUUGAGUUUUCAGGAGACCCUAUUAAACUUAUAAUGUAAAAGAUACUGCUAUGACCCGAGUGUGAUGGAUUCAAAACACGGAAACAACUCUUGUGCAACGUCAACCAAGGCUCUCUUCAAAAUUGUCACUGCUUUCUGUCUUCUGCUCAAAGAUUGAACUCACCUAAUAAUGCGACUCUGCAAAAAGGGGAAAGUAUAUUUAAGCAUUAUGAGGUUUUGUGCUUUUAACAUUCAGCCUCAAGACGUUUUCCAUUGCUAAGCUUAAAAUGUAUGGUAUUUAAAUGUACUUUUUACAAGAAAAGAAAAUAUCUAUUUCUGUAUGUUUUGCGUUA